AUUGGACUCAUCAUCCCUCUUUAGUACUUGUUUGUUAGUUUAAGUAAUGUUGCAUGAAGCAGCAUUAUUGUAGCUAAGGUUACCUGCAGUUUAAUACACCCUGUGCAUUGAUUUAUAAACCUUUUAAGUAGACAUUUUCCAGCCAAUGAGAAAUGUUGAUAAUAGCAGAUACACAUACAGUGACUACAUACUUCAAAUACAGUGCAAAUAUAAACACAAAUUACUAAGCUGAGAUGGCAUAUGAAUGGCAGAAAAACAUUGCUCAUUGAAUUUUCUCAGUUUUUCAGAAACACAUGCGCGUCUGCCUUGAGAAACUUAAAUAUGGCAAACGAAGGGCUCUUAGGAUGAUUCAUAACUGCAGUAGUAUCUCAUGCUGGGUUCCACUUUCAUGCCAGCAGUCAUAGUACGAGUGUGGGCGUCAGUUUCAACCAAAUCGUGAAGAUCUUAAUAUCAAAUGCACAUUCAGCUUCCUUAGAGCACAUGGGGAAACAUUGACUUUAUGUAUGUUUUGUGGGUUUUUGUGUCAUUUUGAAAACAAAACACAUAUAAUGGAGGAUUUGACCACUCAAAUCUUCAAAGUAUCAUUUUUACUGCACAAAAUAUGUGCACUUAUUAAUUUUACCCGAACAGAUCAAGAUGUAUAAGACAUCUACUUACAACUUUGAAAACCUACAAAGAGAAACAAAUGUUUUACAACAGUUAUUAAUACUUUUUUGUAACCAUAUUAGUUUUUAAUUAAGUUUUACAUUACUAAUAGUGAUAUACAGAGAUGCACUGACUAUAAAGAAACAAUGGAGGCAACAAGUAAGUGGUAGGAGUAUAAGUCAAGGAACAAGCUUAAUCCUGAUAGCAGACAAGUAAUCAUAAUACAAGUUAUGGGAAGAAUAAUAAAAUGCUACUGAGGUCACAGCUGCAGGUGGUCCGGUUCCCUGAAGUACAUCAUUAAAGCAUCUGGAUAAAUGUAAUCUAUCGAAACUGUUAGGGACAUUUUCCAGAAGCAGACUUUAAAGAUUCUGUCACUUUUCCAGUGUUCGUGCAGUACAAAGUCUACUUACAAAGUCAAGACCUACAUAGACUUACAGUAAGAGACAGACAAGAAACAGUAAGAGACAUGCAGACACUGAAGUGUUUAAUGGCAGUAAAGGCUCAUGUGAGAGACAGGGGGAGACAGAGAAAGGAGAAUAGAGCCAAUACAAACCCCUCCUACCAGGAGGUGGAUCGUAGGAGGAGCGUUCAUAGCAGUCCACAGCGCACACAGCCUCUACUGUAGUGUAAGAGACGGAGGGAGAGAGGAAGGAAAACUUGUCAGAGCAGACAAAAGCGCAGUUUCUGACUGGAGUUUGUUUACCUCCUCUGGUGCUGUUUCCACUCAGACGAGGCGGAUUAUACAAGCAUUCCUCCCGGGGAAAGUUCAGCAACAACUCUGGGAUUAAUUUUACUUUUCACUUCUUUUUUUACUUUUACAAGUUAAUGUAUUGUUCACUUUGGACCAGUGGAUCCUAUUUGGACUUGCAUUGAUAUUAUUUAGACAUAUUUAUAAUACAGUGAAUUUGUCAUCGUGUUAUUUUCGGAGCCAGCGGUGAUGUCCCGCUACUGACAUGCCCCAUCCGUCCAGACCACCAAACCUGCCCGAUGGCUCGACCACAGUAACAGCAACACAGGGGAGCGGAGGAGACCAAACUCCCACCGGUGCCGCUGGACAGUCAGCUCAAACUUCCCGUUCAGACGACGGCGGCGAGCGGAACUUUGGCCACGCCGUCUCCUCCGGAGCAGGAGAGCCGGACUCGCCGCCCUGGUGCAGAACCAAAGCCACCUCGCCAAUCGACAACCUAUGCGUUUUUCAGACGAGGUCUAUAUUCCACCUUCCUCGCCGCGCCUCCAGUGGAUAUUUCUCCUCUGACGGCGACUCGCAGCCGAGCUCCCCGCUCUCCCCGAGGCCAGUGACGGCUGACAAAGCGACGCAGACUCCGAGCCCGACCGCCCAGGUGAUGAAUCACGCCCUACAGCGCAUGGCUGAGGCGCACGGCGGAGGAACGGGGGCACACCAGCAGCACGGACCGUUUCCCAGCCCCUCUAGCAUGCGGCAACGAAACGCAGCAGGGGACAUGCAGACGGAGGCAAUCGGACGGGAGCUCCGGCGCAUUGGAGAUGACUUCAAUAGACUGUUUCUGCUCAGGGGGAUGGCAGGUGGACAUAGACGGGUUGUGAUCCAUCCAAACCCGCUGCCGCACAUCCACCAGGAGCCCACUAUGCUGUUCUGCGUGGGCCUCCUGCUCCUCCUGAUUGGACGGAUAAUCUACUUGCAAGGCAGUACGAACAGCCAGGACCACUCUCAGGUUUAGCCUUUGGAAACCCCAGCAGACGUAGCAUUUUUCUUUAAUAAUGUAUCUGUGUUGGAUCUUCUUCUUUUUUGGGAGGGACUUCAUUUUGACCCUCCUUCCUACCUUUCCAUGCUUGAGGAAGGAAACUUUGGACUCAGUUUACCUUAGUUUCCAUGGAGAUGAUUUGUUAACACCUUUAAGGAACUCUAAAAUACCUGGAUUUUUUUCACUUCCGUUUUUCCUUCACAGUCUCUGAGCCUUUGCAGUGCUACCAAAGAGCCGAGAUGUUGCACUCCUUUCCAGCACAGAGGCGGUCAUGUCACCUAAACAUGCCUCUGUGUAAAUUCAAUUGUGCCUUGUACAGUUUCCUGUUUACUUUUUUUUUAGCUUCUUUUAAGGUGUUUUUUUUUUACUGUACAGAGAUGAUCAACUCUACAGACCCAGGGUUGUUAAAGUAUGUGGGUCCGAUCUGCAAUUCUUUACCCAUUUUUUUCCCUCGACGUCAGGGUCCAACAUGCAAAAGACUGACCUGUGUGGGAACCAACUGGGCCAGAGUAAUUCAUUUUCAUCCAGCAUUUUUAUCUAAACUACUGCACCAUUUAACGCUUUGUUACCAUGAAUUACGUGUCUGCUUUUGUGUACAUUGUAAGUUCAUAAGACUCGACUGAACACCAGUGUUUCUUGCCAUAUAAAUGAGUUUUAAACUAAUAACUUCAGUACUAAAUGACACAGAUAUUGACUUAAGAGAUCAUCAAAUGUCAUAGAGUAUGUGUGAUCCUCAGCAACAAAACACCUUGUUCUUACAGCAUUUGGGGUGUAAAAUACGUAAAUAUUCUGAUGUAAAGUCGUCAUCAGGAAACACAGAUCUUUUACUAGCAAAAUUAAUUCUGUGGUAGGGUAAGAAAAAUGAACUUUCACUGGAGAAAUUAAUCCUGUAUAAAUGCAGCUUCAUACUGCACGUGUCUGCAUUAAUGGUAAAAGUACAUUUUGUUUUGUACAACAUAUUUCAAUAUCCUGGGUCAAGUUUUAGCUUCAGUAGCUCCUGCUACAAGUUUGCUAAUAUGUAUUCAGGUAAUAUGUCAUCAGAAUUAUUAUCCCUUUUAUAGGUACUUUUAGGUCGAUGCACCAAUUCUGCAGCUUUUAAAAAAACAAAAACAGUGAGAACACAUUUCUUUGAAUUACCACCAGUUACCCUGAACAUCUACAGGCCUAUUAUAGAAAUGUCUAAUCUUGGAAUUUUUAAAAAUGUUUUUCAUGACCACUUCACAAUUUUUGAACUUACUGAACCUGCUCAGACAGAUUUUUACACUUAACCACUGGGACCAAUAAGAUGAUACUGUACCAGCCUUUGAGUAAUUGAUUCUUCUGUACAAGAAAACUUGUGUGUUUCUAUAACCACUAGGACAGGUCGAAUGGUGAAGACUCACAACUCUCAUUUCUCACUUAAAUCAUCAGAUUUCAGAAUCCUUUUUAAU